GACCUCUUAUUUCCUCUCUGCCGACUGUCCUCAGCGCUGCAACUGUGCCAUGCUCAAGCUGCAACAUUAACAGACUUUUCAUUUCCCCCCGUCUUCAUCACCCUGUGGGGAGACCCCUCAUAUCUUCCGCGAUCUCCUCCGUCGCUUUGUUUUUAACCCAUCUGCACCGGGACCCUUUUGUUUUUUUGGACAUGCCGAACAUCGUGCUUUUCAGCGGGAGCUCCCAUCAUGACCUGUCCCAGAAAGUGGCUGAUCGGCUCGGGCUGGAGCUGGGGAAGGUGAUCACCAAAAAGUUCAGCAACCAGGAGACAUGUGUGGAAAUCGGGGAAAGCGUGCGUGGCGAGGACGUGUACAUCAUACAGAGCGGCUGCGGCGAAAUCAACGACAACCUAAUGGAGCUGUUGAUUAUGAUCAACGCCUGCAAGAUCGCCUCCUCGUCCCGCGUCACCGCCGUCAUCCCAUGCUUCCCAUACGCCCGUCAGGACAAAAAAGACAAGAGUCGAGCACCUAUAUCGGCCAAACUGGUUGCAAACAUGCUCUCUGUGGCCGGUGCCGACCACAUCAUCACCAUGGACCUCCACGCGUCGCAGAUCCAGGGAUUUUUUGACAUUGCGGUGGACAACCUGUACGCAGAGCCCGCUGUCCUGCAGUGGAUCAAAGAAAACAUUCCUGAGUGGAAGGAUUGCAUCAUCGUGUCUCCAGAUGCUGGCGGAGCAAAGCGUGUGACGUCCAUCGCAGACCGUCUGAACGUGGACUUUGCCCUCAUCCACAAGGAGAGGAAGAAGGCUAACGAAGUGGACCGUAUGGUUCUGGUCGGGGACGUCAAGGACCGCGUGGCCAUCAUGGUAGACGACAUGGCUGACACGUGCGGCACCAUCUGCCACGCCGCCGACAAGUUGAUCGACGCCGGCGCCACCAAGGUCUACGCCAUCCUCACACACGGCAUAUUCUCAGGCCCGGCCAUCUCUCGCAUCAACAACGCCCCGUUCGAGGCCGUGGUGGUGACCAACACCAUCCCACAGGAGGAGAAGAUGAAGGCGUGCCCAAAAAUACAGGUCAUCGACAUCUCCAUGAUCCUGGCCGAGGCGAUCAGGAGGACCCACAACGGUGAAUCGGUUUCAUAUCUCUUCAGCCACGUACCUCUGUGAGGAAGAGGAAGCCCACCCGUCUCCUCCUCCUCCCACUCGGCCGCUGCUUUCCGGCCUCUUGCGUCCUGCAGCAAGGCUCCGAUCGGCCUUGCUCGAGUGACUCCUUAAAGGUCACGCCCACACAUCGUCACUGACAUUUUCACCCAGCUAACAAGACCAAGUUUGUAUUUAUGAGUUCAUUCUGUUUCCUCUUAGUUUUCUUUUUCAGCUGCAUCUGGGACUGACCUUCACUUUAACCAAGCGGUCCAUUAUUCCACAUCAUGUCUUACUUUUACCUCGUUAAAUCCAGUUUCAGUCGAUGCAUUCCUCUCCAUCAGGUGAUGCAAACAUUUUAGGUUUAAAGGUAUUUCAAACCGUGUGCAUCCUGUAUCUAAAGUGUUUGCUUUAGCACCUCCUGAUUGUAUCUUUCUAACCUUUUAACUUGAUAUUCUGUCAUCAAUUUCCUAUUCAUGAGCCACAACUAAUGCAUGACUUUCCUCUGGUCUAAUCCUUCUAAUUGUGCUAAAAUUGUUUCCAAAACUAACACAAGGUGUAGUAGGUGCUUCGCCUACUCGUUGAAAAAGGUCAUGAGAAGUAAUGGAGCCCAAAGCUUUGGUUUUAUUUUAAUAGUGUUAAGAAUCCAGGCAUGAUUUAUUGUAAAGUGGUGACAUUAUUACAGUUGUUCAGUAAAGGCAGGUUUCACAGUGUGCCUGAAAGUGGCUUUAAAGGUAAUUAAUUAUAAGAAAGAAAUGUUUAGAUUAUUUUUUUUUUAAAUGUGCCACAGGAAAAGCUGUUUCUUUUAAUAAAGCUCUGAAAAUUGCAAACUGA